AGAGGGGGCAGCGGGGGGUCUGACUGUGUUCUUUCUCCUCUGUCUGUGUGUGAAUGCACAGACGGUCCACUAGUAAUUUGAUGUGUGUCCCCGGGGACAUUUGAUGGAUUAAAGCUAAGCAGCUCCAUUUCGUAGCACCACCUGAUCUUCCACUGGCUGUGCCCCAUAUAAAGGCUGGCGUGAUUGCUGAUCUCAGCUAGUCUGACAGUCUCUCUCUCUCUCCCUCUUUCUCUCUCACUCCCUCCUCUGUGCCUGUCUCCUUCUCUUCUCCUCUUCACUGGUACUUUAAACCCAGCUGCAUCACAGGAGCUAUCCAGUGCUGAACAGGAUCACUUUUAUUUAUCCAUUUGUCUCUUUUUCUGGGGGAUGCUGGGGGAGCCAGAGGGUACCACACAGCAUUGCGAUUUACCACUGGUUUUCUUUUCUUUUUUUUCUUUUUAUUUUGUUAUUUUUUUUGGAAUCAUCUCAUAUUUUCGGCCGCUGCCUCCAUCACAAGGAUUACCCUCAAGCUAGCCGUGCUCGUGUGCUCCCUCAGAAGCUUGAUCUUUUUGCUCAUGCGUUUUCCGCUGCACUGUGUUAUCAUCCACUGAAACAUGCCCCGCUCAUUUUUGGUGAAGAAGAUCAAAAUUGAUGAUUUCUCUUCAUCCAAUGCGGCCACCAACAAUCACCAUCAGCACCUGGACGACUCGUUCACUUUCGCACGCUCCAUCACGGACUCGGUGACCAGCCUCGGCGUCCGUCUGAGUGAGAAUGGCUACAUCCAGAAUUACAUCACGCCGUCCGUAUACCGGGGGGAGAAGAAGAUGGAGCACAAGCUGGUGUCGGACCCGCUGUACACCCACGUGAGCAGCGGGGGCGAGUACUGCGACCCCGACCUGAAGCACCCCGACAGCCCCCAGUCAGGCAUGACUGCCAGCGGCUUCUACAGUGGCGAAUCGGAGGCGCUGGACGAGGGUUACACCAUGGAUGCCUUCUUCAUCUCCGACGGGCGCUCGAGAAGAAAGGGAGACGGCGAGGGUCGCGAGGGGGGCUCGAGAAGCAGCAGCGUCAAUGCCACCCUGCAGGAGAGCGGAGUUGCCGGCACGGCUCGCCACACCUGCAACGAGUGCGGCAAGACGUACGCGACCUCCUCCAACCUCAGCAGACACAAGCAAACGCACCGCAGCCUCGACAGCAAAAUGGCCCGCAAGUGUCCCACCUGUGGCAAAGUGUACGUGUCCAUGCCGGCGUUGGCCAUGCACAUCCUCACCCAUGACCUCAAGCACAAGUGCGACGUGUGCAGCAAGGCCUUCAGCCGGCCGUGGCUCCUCCAAGGUCACAUGCGUUCCCACACGGGGGAGAAGCCCUUCGCUUGCGCCCACUGCGGCAAAGCCUUCGCCGAUCGCUCAAACCUCCGCGCCCACAUGCAAACACACUCUGCCUUCAAGCACUACAGAUGCAAGCGCUGCAAUAAGACCUUCGCGCUCAAGUCCUACCUGAACAAGCACUAUGAGUCGGCUUGCUUCAAGGGAUCUGCGGACGAAGACGACUCUGGCUCAGACAACUAAUGGUGUGGAAAAUGCAGAAUUCCAACCCCUGUUGCGGGUUCACCACCCCAGACCCCCGCUCGCUCUGCUCUCCAUGCCUAUUCUCUUCCAUUUUGUUGAAAGCAAUAUUUUCACUGAGAUUACGAAGAAGCUCUCACGCCAGCGGCAAAGACAAUUUCAGAAGAUGCUGGAUUAUUUUUCCCUGCACAGUAGCUAACCGUCCACAGACAACUACAAUCAACAUCCUUCCCCAAAUAGAAACAGUAGAUGAUAGUUGUAUACGCUAACCCUAAGCAACAUGAGCUCUCUCACACACACACUCACACACACGCACACACACACGCACGCACGCACGUACACACUCACACAAAGUAUAUAUGAGGCCUGGCAUGUGAAUUUUUAUCAAUGACUAUACUAAUAUCAAUAGUAAUAAUAUUUAGAUUCCUGAUAUUUUAUAGCAAAUAGUAAUGAGAAAAUGAACAAAAAAACAUAAAAAGGACAGUGUUCUUUGGCUUUUUUUAGAGACAAAAUGACCUCUUGUAUUUUUAUGCUGCUUUUUAUUUGCUGAGAAUUUAAUUCUUUUGCAACUGCCAACUUUUUAUGAAAAUGAACUAUAACAGUAUUUGCAAAAAAAAAAAAAAAGAAGAAGGGGAGAUCAUUUUAAAAACGCAAAAAGACAACCCCCUUUUCCAAACCAAUGUUAUUUUUAUAGUUGAUUUUUCUAAAAUAUUUUGUGUGGUCAAUAUCCCUUGAUCUAAAAGCAUCUUUGCAACUGUGGGUACCCCAAACAUUUUAAAGACGCCCUUCGCGAUCGCAGGUCAUACAUGUUUGAAUUCUGUCAGAGCUGUGCUGUUCAAAUGUGCGGGAGGCCUGCCUAACAGGUUUCACCUUGAUGAAGUGGUCGGCCAUUUUAGGUGCCCUCUGUCUAUAGCAAAGAAAACAGUCGUUCUUCCUCCAAUUUGGUGGCGAGCAAGCAUCAAGCUGCCUUGACGGGGCACCGUCUUUUCGAGAACAAGCGCCCCUCACAUGAUAUUUGAGGUUCUCCUCAUCCACCAGUGUGACCGCAGCCUGAUGCUUUACUAACUCGCGCACCCUCAGUUACAAAGUGACUCCUUUAUAUGUGGCUCAAAGCUCCGUCCAUUCUUUAGCUGCAUCUAAUUAUCAUGUGAAUACUUUAUUUAUUUAUGUAUUUAUUUAUUUGUGUGUUUAUUUAUUUAUUCUGGGGGUAUUUAUUAAAGACCUAAUUGCUAUGUAUUUAUUUAUUAAUGACUUAAAACAAUGAACAUUCAUUGAACUUGUAAGAUGCUGCUGCUCUACAAAGAAAAUGUUUAUAUGCAUGGAAAACUGUAGAGAGUCCAGGGGACUUAGUUUUUAAAGAGGAACAAUGUACAGCAUCACUGCAGAGGUCCGCAAAUAACCAGCUACUUUUUCCUUUUUUUUCCGUGGCAAUAACCUUAUUGACAUGGCAACUGACAUGUACCACAAUCACAACUGUCCACAGAUGUUUUCCCUUAACCUAGGGCAAUAAAAAGAAAACAAUGAAAAUUAAACGCCAGAAUAUUCUCCAUCUUGUCUCCAAAAGUCAGACGCUCCUCCUCAGUAUCAGUUUUCCAGUCCCCCUGGAACAAAACAACUACUCCUUGACUCAGACGUGACCCUUCAUGUUGGAUCAAAUUAGAGCCGAGUAAUGUAGGUGUGAUUGUGUUACAUCAAGGUUUCAAAGCAAUAAUGAUGCCGAUGCCGUGACAGGCUGCCAUUUUAUUUACUCAAGCUUGUUUUAUUGUCUCCGUUUGUUAUGCAGAGCAGCCGUGUAAGAGCAGCAACCGACGACAGUGAAGGAUUUAACAGCAUUCAAUUGGCCACUCCGUGAAAUACUUAUCUGUGGGAGGUGUCCGCAUCAAAUAACUAAGCACCCAUAAAUUGGGCUUGGAAGCUUGGAAGCUUGGAAGAUUUUUGGGAGUGAAGCGGCACGCUCGAAUGCGCAUCCAAGUCCCACGUCAUUAGUCCCCCACACAUCAUCAGCCAUCUUCAUCCCACCUGCCUCGAAACACACCCAACAGAGGAUGAGAUGUGCUGAAGUGAGAUUGGCGUAGGGCGGCCAAGUGUGGGAGGAUAACAGGUGUUUGCAGACAGACAGCAGAUAGGGAACCUAAUUGAGUUGGAGAGCAACCUCCAAAGGGAAGGUCAAGCACCAGCAGGCAAAUGCACUGUCAGCGAUUUGCAUAUUUCAAAUGGACGAAACGAAUGCAACCCUGAAACACUCCACAACCCCCACCGUCAGGGGGAAAAAAAUACGAUGAGAAAAGAGGAGUUUCCGCUCUGUUUAUCCAUCCGCUUCAUCCUCUCGACGGCUGUCUCGGCACCACAGCUGAAUCACUGCGUGAGAGCAUUCAAACCACCUGUCGCCUAUCUCCACUCGCAAAAAAAAAAAAAAAACCAAACAAACCACACCAUUUGGCACAUCGCUGAAUUAUUUAACUUUGAACCGAUGCACAAAUCACUGCUUGCAAUGCACUCUCACUGCUUUUAUAUUUUACAGUGGGAGAAAGAUCAAAUGUUUUGCAAAUCUGGCGACAACAUUUUAUAUGGAAGAUAAAGGGGCCAAAAUGCAAUUCUAUUUAAAACUGGCGGCAGAUCAGAUAACAGACAAUAAUUACAAAGGUGACGGAUCAACUUGAUGCUUCACUUGCAAAUUGAGACACGGUGCAACAUUGUUCCUCUUUGAUAAAUUUGUAUAUAGAAUUGUAAAUACAUCACAGCAAUAAUAUGCAUGUAGACAUUGAAUUGCUCUUUUCUCGCCAUGCUGUCUUAUUUUUUUUAUUUAUUUAUGUAAAAACAAUACAGGUACCAAUUUUACAAUCCGGGUGGACACAUGAAUCAGGGAGUGUCUUGGUUUCCAAACUAUUUGAAGACAAGGCAACAACAUUUCAGUGUAUUCUCAAAGAACUGAUCAUGCUCUGUUGUUUUUUUUUCUUUUUUUCUCUUCUUUUUUUUUUUUUUAAACGUGCCCAGCUCGGCUGUGCAAAGAGAAGUGCCAAAUAAAUAUGAUUUCCAUGACAAAAGCCUUCAACAUAUGGUUGGCUGCUUGAAACCUUCCAUAUGGCCCUCAAAGGAAAGAUCAAGAUUUUCCACUUUCUCGCAGUGUGUGUGUGUGUGUGGGGGGGGGGGGGGGGGGGGGCGUGCGUGUGUGUGUGUGUGUGUGAAUCUCUUUCUGUCUCUCUCUGUCCCGCUCUCUCUGUCCGUCUCUCAACAUGAACAAACAAACUUAAGCCAUGAUUGCUGAGGGGUGUUUUGGUUUCUCUUGUUCUGCUACAAUUUAUGAGAACAACAAUAGCAAUGAUACCGUGAAUAAAAACAAUAGCACAAACAA